AUCAUCUCAUUAGCAACUAAUGAAAGCGCUGUCUCUAAAAGGCAAUCACUCUCUUUGAAGCAAUGAUUUAACGCAUUUCAUUGUGUUUUGUUUUAUUGUUAUAACAAGUUAUUCAAAACACUUCCAAGUGAUUCCUCUGACUAAAUUGAUCUUAAAAUCCAAUACGAAUUAAACCACGGGAACCGAUGACAGCGUUCAGUUUAGCGGAGGCGGUGGUUUAUUUUAGCUACGCUCUGUUGGUAGCUUCCCUACUGGUGGUGGUGUACCUCAUUGGACGUGACUGUGAUCUGUUCCGCACAAACAAUGUCUACAAACCUGUGCGGGAGGACAGAGUGGCCGAACCCGAACCGGGCCUCCGGGGCGUAAGCGUCAUAUUACCCGACAUUGUAUGA